AUGGAAACUGAAAUAAAUCUUAAUUAAAUCUAAUAAUAAGAAGAAGAGGGAUUUUACGCUUCCUAUGAAGAAUAUUUUUUAGAUUGUUGUAGAUUUAAUGAUAUUGAGGAAACUAAAUUUUGUAUCGAAAAUGGGUGUGAUAUUACUUGGUUUGAUAAUUAAAUAAAUAACGGAUUGCAUUGGGCUACAAUAAAUAAUUAAAAAGAAAUUGUUUCCUAUUUAAUAGAAACUUUAAAAGUAGAUGCAAAUAUAUAAAACAGUUUAGGAAAAACAGCUUUUGAUGAGGCUGCGUAAUUAAAUUAUAAUGAAAUUGCAUAAAUUCUUGCAAAAGUUACAAAAGAAGAUAUGUCUAUAUAUUAGGGUUUAGAUGAUGUUUAAGCUUCCGACGAAAACAACGAAGAUAAAGAAGAGACUAUAAGCAAUUCAUGA